GGACACCCCUACCUCAGCCGAUACCAACGAGCUCCCCUUUUGAUUUCCGACUUCUCACCGCCUCCGCACAGCCGCACUCCCGAAACCAGGCCCAGCGCCACUCGAGCAUCUGCUCCUCCAACAGGCAACGGAGACGGCAGACCAGUUGUUUGCUCCUUCUCACUCGCUCGGGCCUCUCUCUUCUGGUUUCCUUCUUGGCCGCCCGAUAUUGCAGCAGGCGCCGCCGCCGCCUCUCUGGUGUUCACCGCUAACUCGCUUCCUGCUGCAAUUUUUGAAAGAUAAAGAUUGUAUCAGCUCAUCCCUCCGGAGGGUUCCGUUUGGCGGCAUAGCUAGACCUUAGCUAGCUGUUACGAAUAGUUUUAGGGAAGGUCGCUCAGUGCUGUUUCGAGUCCAAGGGAGCAGCGGCUGACCUGCAGAGAGGGAUUCUUCGUUUGGACUAGAUACAAGACAGGAUGGAGUUGCAUAUGGAAAAUCCCUGUGAGGAAGGCGAUAGCAAUGCUCUUAUCAUGCCUGCGGGGAAAAAGAAGAGGAAAACCCCGAAUCAGAUUUGUGUUCCGAAGGAGACUGAAGCAGCUAAAAGAGCUAAAACCACCAAGUUGAGCAAAUCUCAGAAGAGAAAGUUGAAGAAGUUGGAGGAGGAAAAGCAAAGGGCUUUUAUGGUUUUGGAAAGCGAGAAGACCUUGGAGAAGUACAAGAUCCCAGAGGAUGCAUUUUCUCUUCUACGGUCGUCAAAAGACAUUUGUCGGGCUGAAACUGCCAAAGAAAAACGUAGAAUGGCAGUACAAUUUUCAAAAGCAGGUUUAGAGGUUAUACGUUCUGGUCAACCUUUAGGGGGUGAGUACGAACAUCCGUCAUCUGACUCUGAAACAGAGUCCGCAGAAGGAAUUCAGUCAGGGCACGGCAUCGACAAGGGUUCGGGAAGAGGACUUCCAAUUUGUAAUGCGCCCGUUCCACUGGUUUUGCAUCAAGAAACAGUCAGAGGGUGCAAGAAUGGCUAUGGUUUUCGUCCUGUUUCUGAAGUAUCUGCUGAUAAAAUAUCUGAAAAGGACAACCAGAACCCAGUUCCAGUAGAUGCUAGAAACUAUUCUCCAACAAGUAUUGAUGUCAGAGGAAGCCCCAAAACGACGCAGAAUAAGCCCGAAGAAAACUCUACUGUACCAUUGCCCAGCUCGAGCAAGUUUCCUGAUUGUUCAAUGCAACGAACACCAGUUAUCCCAACAGUGGUUCAUGUAAAAAGGCCUGAUGAAGUGGAAGUGAAGAGGAAGGAUCUUCCAAUAGUCAUGAUGGAGCAGGAGAUAAUGGAAGCCAUAAAUGAGAAUCUCACUGUCAUUAUAUGUGGAGAAACUGGAUGUGGUAAAACUACUCAAGUUCCUCAGUUCCUAUAUGAGGCUGGUUUUGGUUCUAAGCGAUCUGCUGUUCGUGGAGGUGUCAUAGGCGUUACGCAACCACGUCGUGUUGCAGUCCUUGCCACUGCCAGGCGCGUGGCAUUUGAACUCGGUCUUCGUCUUGGUAAAGAGGUUGGGUUUCAAGUAAGACAUGACAAGAGGGUUGGAGACAGUUCUUCCAUCAAGUUUAUGACUGAUGGAAUUUUACUUCGAGAAGUUCAGAGUGAUUUCUUAUUAAGGCGCUACUCGGUCCUUGUACUGGAUGAGGCUCAUGAGAGAAGUGUUAAUACCGACAUACUGAUUGGGAUGCUUUCUCGUGUAAUUCAACUCCGACAGAAAAAGUACCAAGACCAGCAAGCAAUGAUGCUUUCGGGAGAAAAUAUAAGCCCUGAAAAUAUGAUAUUUCCUCUGAAACUGGUUCUGAUGAGUGCCACCAUGCGCGUUGAGGACUUUAUUUCUGGCAAAAGGUUAUUUCGUACCCCUCCCCCUGUUGUUGAAGUUCCUACCCGACAGUUCCCUGUGAGCAUACAUUUCUCAAAAAGGACUGAGGAAGUCGAUUAUAUUGGUCAGGCCUACAAAAAAGUAAAAGCAAUCCAUCAGCGGCUUCCACAAGGGGGCAUCCUUGUGUUCGUCACCGGGCAAAGAGAAGUGGAGUACCUUUGUCAGAAGUUAACUAGAGAAUUGUCCAGGAAGCUGAACAAGGAAGCUGUGGAAAAUAACACAGGAAUAAGCGCAACUGGAAAAUUUGAGCCAACUGAAAUCGAGGGAAUCAACAUAAAGGACAUCAAUGAGGCAUUUGAAGUUCCAGCCAACCCAAUUGAGGAUCAAACUGAAUUCAAGUCUUAUAAUACUUCUGACUUUAGUGGCAGUGAAUCAGAUUUUUCUUCUGAUUCUGAAUCAGAAAGUGAUCUGGAAAUUGCUGAUGAUUUUCUAGAAGAGGAUAGGUCACUAGAAAACGGUGAUAAGUCUAUGGAUGUUCUAGGGGAGGAAAAAAGUCUUGCAUCGUUGAAGGCUGCUUUUGAAGCUUUGGCUGGAAGGGGUAAUACAUCAGACUCCAAUUCUGCAGGACUGCAGGAUGUUUCUACACCAGGAGACCCCACAGUGCUAUCCCAUAACAGAGCAAGGGCAGAAAACUGUGGGGGAAAAGGUUCAUCGUCGGGUCCCAUUCGCGUCCUUCCUCUUUAUGCAAUGCUUUCUGCAGCAGCACAGCUCCGCAUAUUUGAGGAGGUGAAGGAAGGGGAGCGGCUCAUCGUUGUUGCUACUAAUGUUGCUGAAACUUCUUUAACCAUUCCAGGGAUAAAAUACGUGGUUGAUACUGGACGAGAAAAGGUGAAGAAUUACAAUCCUUCCAAUGGCAUGGAAACCUAUGACGUGCAGUGGAUCAGUAAAGCAUCAGCUGCUCAACGAGCAGGAAGAGCUGGGCGAACUGGACCUGGGCACUGUUACCGUCUCUAUACUGCAGCAGCCUUUGGCAAACUUCCAGACUUCUCUUGUGCCGAAAUAUCUAAAGUGCCUGUUGAUAGCAUAGUUCUUGUCCUGAAAUCAAUCAACAUUGAUAAGGUUGAAAACUUUCCAUUCCCAACUCCUCCAGAGACCACUGCACUGAAAGAAGCAGAACGAUGUUUGAAAACUCUUGAAGCACUUGAGAGUAAUGGUAGGCUGACACCCCUGGGUAAGGCCAUGGCUUGCUAUCCCAUGAGUCCUCGACAUUCUCGGAUGCUCUUAACGGUUAUUAACAUUAUGAGGAAGGUGGAAAAUUACGGUAGAGCAAAUCUGGUUCUGGCAUAUGCAGUUGCAGCAGCGGCAGCCUUAAGCAUGUCCAAUCCUUUUCAAUAUCAGUACGGAACAGAGCAAGUGAACAACAGCAGUGCGACCGAGCAGGAUGGUAAAUCUGAUGACUUAGACAGUCAGAAAAACAUGACAAAGAAGGAAAAGCUGCUGAAGAAGCAACUGAAAGAAACGGCUAAAGUAUCUCGUGCGAAAUUCUCUAAUCCUAGCAGUGAUGCACUGACCAUAGCUUAUGCAUUGAAGGCCUUUGAACUCUCUGAAGCUCCUGUGAAGUUCAGCAGUGAAUACUUACUGCACUACAAAACAAUGGAAGAAAUGAGCAAGUUGAGAAAACAGCUUUUGCAACUUGUCUUUAUUCAAAGUGCUACUUUGGCCUCUGAUCACGAUUUUGCAUGGAUUCAUGGUACCAAAGAAGAAGUAGAACUGGCUUGGAGGGCUCCAUCCAAUAAGAAUCCUCUUUUGCUGAACGAAGAAGAGCUUCUGGGUGAAGCUAUCUGUGCUGGCUGGGCCGAUAGGGUUGCCCGAAAGAUAAGGGCCAACUCCAGGUCAUUGGAGGGACAUGGGAAUGUAACUGCAUCACGUUACCAAGCCUGUAUGGUUGAAGAAACUGUGUUCCUCCAUCGAUGGUCGUCCCUUUCCAGUUCAGCACCUGAGUUCUUGGUGUACAGCGAGUUGCUACAGACGAAACGACCAUACAUGCAUGGAUCAACUAGUGUGAAGCCAGAAUGGCUUGUCAAGCAUGCUAGAUCCAUGUGCAGCUUUUCGACCGUGGACGAUCCUAAACCAUAUUAUGACCUUAAAACUGAUCAAGUAUUCAACUGGGUGAUGCCAACUUUUGGGAAUCAUCUGUGGCAGCUUCCCCUGCAGGCAGUUCCGAUCGGUAGCAAGGAGGAACGGAUAAAGGUAUUUGCUUGUGCCCUGCUGGAAGGACAUGUUCUACGGUGCCUGAGAUCCGUCAGGAAGUUCAUGGCUGCUCGUCCUGCUAUCAUUUUGGAGCGAGAAGCUGCCGGAGAAAGACGUGUGGGCGACCUUCUGUUUAAAAUGAAAGCCAGAUCCAUUGACAGUUGUGGAAGGUUAAGUGAGGUGUGGAGAGAGCACCCAUUGGAAUUGCACGACCAAGUCCAGAGCUGGUUUAAGAAGAGUUUUCAUGAUCAGUUUGAACAGUUGUGGUCUCAAAUGCAUGCUGAAGUUCAACUCGUGCCGCAAGAACGUUUACCUGGGAAGGUGAAGAGAGAACGCAGUCACAAGAAGUAAAAUGUAUCCGCAUUGGAGAAUCUGUGUGCCCACUUAUCUAGGAGUAGGAGUUGGUGCACAUCAAUUUUGCAGUAUCUUAGUGUAUUAGAAGAUUAUUAUUCCAAAAAUCAAUGAAACCAGAAGAUGAUUCCAAAAUAGUUUGGCACCUAUGCGUUAUCUCUUCCUACAUUUUUCAACAUGACUUGCUAGAUGAAGAAAAUGAGGAUCUGUGGGGAAGGGAAGGUACUCUCUAAAUAUUGGAUAUGAAGAAUGAAUGUAUCUGAGCAGGCCAGAAUGUGCUAACUAACCCUUCAUGCUAACAUCAAUGGUGUGAAGGAGAAGGAGACGAUGUCAAUGGCCAUCUAUUGUUGAGGGUACGAAUAGUAUAUUUAGGUAGUUUAGUAUAUUUUUGUGUUAGGUUGAUUAGGGUUUUGAGUAAGAGUUGAUAUAAUAUAUUUUAGUUCAAGAAAUUAUUGAAAAA